ACGUCUACGCCGCCGCCGCCGAGCCGUGCACAACGACCGGAAGAAGCGAUAGCUCUUCGCUUUUCUCCUUGGAGAGGGAAAGUAGGAUGGGUCAGUGAUCGACAUACACGGAGUGGAACUGCGGUGCGUGCAGUCAUGAAGCGGGACGUGAGGAUCCUCCUGCUGGGAGAGCCCAAAGUGGGGAAGACAUCACUGAUUAUGUCGCUAGUGGGAGAGGAAUUUCCUGAGGAGGUUCCUCCUCGUGCUGAAGAAAUAACGAUUCCUGCAGAUGUGACUCCAGAGAGGGUGCCCACACACAUUGUUGACUAUUCAGAGGCGGAACAAUCAGAAGAUGUAAUGCGGGAAGAGAUUGUCAAGGCCAAUGUGGUGUGCUUGGUGUAUGAUGUAACACAGGAGGCAACCAUUGAAAAGAUUAGAACAAAAUGGAUUCCUCUUAUUAAUGGAGGAGCUGAAAAAGGAAACAAAAUUCCCGUCAUUCUUGUUGGAAAUAAGUCUGACUUGCAGCCUGGCAGUUCAAUGGAGUCUAUUUUGCCUAUUAUGAACCAGUUUUCUGAGAUUGAAACCUGUGUUGAAUGUUCAGCAAAGAAUCUGAAAAACAUCUCAGAGCUCUUUUAUUAUGCUCAGAAAGCUGUACUUCACCCUACUGCACCACUAUAUGAUCCUGAAAAUAAACAGUUGAGACAACAGUGUGUGCGGGCUCUAAGUAGAAUCUUCACUAUCUCAGACCAGGACAACGAUGGAAUACUUAGUGAUGAUGAGCUAAACUUUUUUCAGAAAGCUUGCUUUGGCAACCCACUGGCUCCACAGGCACUGGAGGAUGUGAAAAAUGUUGUGUGGAAGAACACCAGUGAUGGUGUGCAAGACAAUGGCCUUACAUUGAAUGGAUUUUUGUUCCUGAAUACACUGUUUAUUCAGAGGGGCCGACAUGAGACCACCUGGACAAUCCUCAGGAAGUUUGGCUAUGAUGACUCGCUGGAACUCACAGAUGACUACCUCUACCCACAGUUGAGAGUUCCACUUGGCAGUAGCACAGAGUUAAAUCAUAAUGGCUACCGUUUCCUGCAGAAACUCUUUGAAAAGUAUGAUGUGGACAAGGAUGGUGCUCUAUCUCGACUUGAUAUGAAGAAUUUCUUCAGCGUUGUACCAUAUAUGCCUUGGGGAGAAGAUAUGUUUACUACAGUGAGCACAGAUGAAAACGAUUACAUCUCAUUGCAUGGUUAUCUCUGCCAGUGGACGUUGACAGCAUAUCUUGAUAUCCAUAGAUGUUUAGAGUAUCUUGGCUACUUUGGGUAUCCAUUUAUCAGCGAACAAGAGUCCCAAACAGCUGCUGUAACAGUGACUCAGAACAAGUUGGAGGAUCUGGAGAAGAAACAAACCCAGAGGAAUGUGUUUCUCUGCAAGGUGAUAGGACCUCGAGGUACAGGCAAAUCAUCUUUUUUGCAGGCUUUCCUUGGAAAGAGCCUUUCAAAACAGAAGAGUUCCACCGGUCUACUAUCCUACUACACUAUCAAUACAGUUCAUGUUAACAACCAGGAAAAGUAUUUAAUUCUUUACGAAGUAGAUGUUGACACAGAAUUUUUAAAAACUUCUGACGCAGCUUGUGAUGUUGCCUGUCUCAUGUAUGAUGUUAGUGAUCCAAAAUCUUUCAACUAUUGUGCGAGUAUCUAUAAGAAUGUUGUAAUAAUUUCUCCCCAGCAACACUAUAUGGAAAGUGGGAUUCCAUGUGUUUUUGUAGCUUCCAAAUCAGAUUUAACCGAACAGAAGCAGCAACAUGGACUUUCCCCUUCUGAAUUCUGCUACAAACACCGUCUGCCUCCUCCACUUGCCUUCUCCUGCUCAGGACCUGAGAUGCCUAGUACUGUUAUUUACUCCAAGUUAGCACUGGCUGCAAUGUUUCCGCACCUCAAUGGCUCUGAACUCACUGCAUCAUCUUUCUGGCUACGAGUUACACUAGGGGCAGCUGUAGUGACAUUAUUGGGCUUCACAUUCUACCGGGCAUUCAUCAAGCAAAAAUAAAAAAAAAAAACAAGGAGUUUUCUGAAGUAUGCCACAGGAUGAUCUUCAGGAGGAACUCACUUCAUGGUUUAAAUUUCCUGAGAUCAUAGAAGAUUUGACCCAAAAGAUGCCACAUUAUUGGAGCAAGAGAUCCUACCUUACUAAUUCAGAAUGGGUAAAAAUUAAAUGCCAAAAAAUCCACUACGCAGUUUAUCCUGAAUGAAAGGUCAAGAGGACAAUAUGGUGGUAGCAAUAAAAAAAAAUAAUGUAAAAUUACAUAUUCUUUAUGAAUUCAAGCUAAAACAAUGAGAAAUAGCACAAUGGAUUUAGUCAGGAAUGUGAACAUUGCAAUUAUGUAAUAUUUAGAAUCUAUUUGAAAGAUGGUAGAACCAAAAGAUAAAAAUGUAGUAGUCCCAGCAAGAACAUAGUAUAUGAUAUGGUACUUUCAACCUUACUGUGAUUCAGAGGUAUUGAUUUUUAUAUUGGGAGAAGUAGUGUGUGUGUGUGUGUAUAUAUAUAUAUAAUAUAAACAUACACACAAACACAAUGACAUAGACAGUCGCAUGGUGACAGGACUCGCAGAGACAGUUUGGUAUGACAGCAGAGGAGUUUAAACAAAGCAGAAGUUCAAAUUCAUUUCUACAGUGUGAAUGAGAAAUGUUCUUUGUUAGUCUGCUGUUUUUGGCUUGUUUCAGUGGCAUCUAAGAUUGUUGCUCUCCAUUAUUCCAGGCCAUGUAAGGCUUUCAUUUUCUUAGCACUUUUACAUACUCUCAGGAUUUUACAACAAUCAAUUUCAACAGUCACAUUUUCCCACAGAUACAGAUAUGUUUUGUUUUGAGAGGUCCAGUGUUUGUUCAAACACUUAUGAGUUUGCAGUAUCUGUUAAUUGCAAUUACUAUACAUAAAAAUGUGUGUUUGAUUUUAAUCGCAGGAUAUAAGAAAGUGGAAGACAGUGCUGGCAGAGGAUAGGAAUCCCAGAAUCAUGUAAAAACUGACAGCAGUAAAGCAAAUUUUAUUUUUUAGAAGCAUUUAAGUUGUUCUAGGGAAGGUGAAGCCCAUCCACAGCCUUCCCACAGUUUUUAGUGAAAUUUCUCAGGAAGAGGUGCCUUGAGAAGAUAUCAGUUUUACACUAAGCAGUUUGCAGAUUAUCCAGUCAUUUUCUGCACUUCCUGUGUUUUUGAGGGUUGUGAUGGAGUCAAACCGAGCAGAGUAGAUUAAACCCUUUUUUUAUCAGCCUCUAGCAUAUCAUAUUUUUCACCAUUGUUUAUUUUCAGUGAGAUUCACUUGAACCUGGAGAUAUCUUGUGACAUACUAACUUAACUGCAAGGCCACCAAAUGCUUUCUCUUAAUUCAGAAAAGGGUAGAAAUAGUCUAAGGAGGCAGUCUGGAAAGAAAUCUGUUUUAUGCCACUUAUACCUGUUAAUCCUAUUAUUACUCGUACAAAGCCCAAGUGUCAAUACAACAGGUGCAUGCUAAUACAGUGCCCUAAGAAGAGUUGCCACUGCCUUAAUCCACUGGUCUGUUUCAUCAUUUGUGGCCCAGACUCUGGUGUAUUUUAAUUCAUCCAUUAGGCAUAAGUAUUAAACCUUCAAAUGAACACAACAGCGCAUUCUUUUCUGGGAAGGAACCAUAGUGUUGCAAUUUUACUUUAGGAUGGCAUAGGCUUGGCAAAGAGUCUUGUUCUUGUGGGCUUUUUAAGAUACUGUAAGACUAAGCUGGAGUUGCUCCUUUCUUAUAUGCCCUCUUACUGAUGGAUUUUGCAAAAUUUUUACCUUUACAUGAUCAUAGUGGGAUCAUUAUAAUUACACUAAGUAGAAUUUACUGACCAUGUACAAAGUAUUGAAAUUGAUAUGGUAUUUUUCUAAACUGAAUAUCUUGGUCUUUUUGUACAAUCUAUGCACCUUUCUUCUGGUUUAGCGAUUUGCUCAGGAUCACACAGUGAUUCUGUGGUGGAAUUUUAAUCUUCCACUUUGUGAUUUCAUGUCUAGCUUCUUAGCUGCUAGGCCACAAUAUAUUCAGCAUGAUGAAUGCUUUAUUAUACCUAAUCCUUUAAAUUAAUGCCAUUUUCAUUUUAAUGGCUAGAGAGCACUUUGGGAUUGCCAUGUCAUUAGUUCAGUCAGAAAUAAACGUGUUUUAGUAAAGACUGAACUGUUCUUGAUUGCUGUAUACUUGAAGCUGGCAUGCCUUUGCCUGCUCAGUCAUACUUAAAUGUCAACUUACGUCUCACAUCCAACACCCAGCUACGUAAAGACGUUGAAAUAAUAAGCAGAAUCAGAUACUGCCCUGUAUUAUCAGGGCCGGAAUUUUUUUGUAUUAUUCUGAUAUGAUGUGCAAUGAUUGGCCUCAUGUUUAAUUCUUGCGCUAGCUGUGAACAGAAACCUAGUGACAGUUUGCUAUAUGCCAAAUUAUUGAAUAUGGCAAAAUGCUGUACUGUGUGUAUACAUUUCAGUUUACCGAAUGAUGUAAAUUUUAAAGUCACACAAUAAAAGUGCCUGGAACACUACAGUAUGUAGGUAUGCAUUUAUAGAUUGGAAGAAUAAGUCUAGAAGCUCCAGAAAACGACAGCUUUCUGUUUCUGAUAUUCUGUUUUGCUAGUUAUUGUUUAUAUGACUAAACAUUUUUGCCAAUAUAAAAUGUUAAUUUUGUUGACUGCAUAUACCAGGCUUUUUAAAUAGUACUUUCAUAGUAAGGUGCUUCAUAUGAACAGUUUCACAAAAUGUAGAGAUGUGUGCUCCCAGCGGUCUACCUCAAGUAUUUCUUAACAAUGCACAUCAACAACAUCAGUGUGUAAGCCUCUAUGGCAGGUUUGUCCAGUUGUAUUGCUGUGGCUGCAGACUUUCACUCCAACCAAAUUCUUGAUAUUUUUUCCUUCUUAAUUGAGUUUGUAUAGUCAGAUGGCACACUCUGGAUCUUUGUCCUCUCUCCCAGAAGUUAAUAGUAGUACUACUUUUAUAUUUCUUAAAUCCUAUUGAAGUGUUUAGUACAUAGGAAUCAGAUAAGAAUAUUUUUUGCCAAAUGAUAAAAUACUUGCUUGUUAAAAAUUGAUGACUGUGAUUUUUAUAAGUUAGCAAUGAUGCAGAUAUAAUUUAGUCAGCAGCAAACCAGCUAACAUAGUACCAUUUUCAUCUGUGUCUUUAAGUAGCUUUUAGAGUAAAAUUUGAAGGAAAACAUUGAGGGUUUCUGUUUCUCUUCUAUCCUCGAAUCAUUUUGAUGUUUUGUUUGUUUCUCUGUACAAAACUGAAAUAGACAUUAGAAGGAAUUUCUGACACAAAAAAAUGGUAAAAAGAUCAAAGAGCUAAGUAAAGUGCAUGUGCUUUUAACCACAACCAAACUGAGUUCUAAUUAAGAAAUUUAUGAGUGCAAAGACUGCAGCCAUACAGGACCCUUCUUUAUGGACAUAUGCAGCUGUGAGAGAUGGGGAAGAAGGCGUCCCCAUUACUACCAUAAGCUGUGCCACAAGACCAAGGGGAAUGUCGAUGUGUGACAUGGUUUCUUCCAUGUUCCAUCAUGAAGCUACUUUUAUCAAGGGGAGCACAAAAGCUACCUAGCAGGGCAAGCUGCACUUUCAUUUGACUUAAUGUGUUAAACCUACCUACUGUAGGGCAAGACAUAUCCACAUCAAAGCCAAGAUAUCAAUGUGCAUUUCUGAUUAUCAUGUGUGUUUAUGUGCGAGUGGCCCUCAGAAGCUCGUGUGUGUGAUAUACAGCAGCUACAGUAUCUUCAAUAUAUGCUGAAUAGCUUGAGGUUGUGUGUUUUUUAAUUCCCUGCUUCUAUAAACAGCUCCAUGUUAGACUUAAUGUUGCCUUCUUUUUUUUGUAUAACUGAAAUGUACUUGAGGAGUAGCUUUUACUGUCACAAAGUAUCUCUUACAAGAGGAAUAGUGUGUGUAAUGAAUAGCAAGUUCAGAAGCCAUAAUAUUUUAAAGACAUUUUUUUCUAAAGAAAUAAACUGACUCGUUUUAUCAUGUGUUU